UCGCGGCUCGUCCCGGUGCCCAUCCCGCGAAACGGAGCGCGCGGGCACCCAGCCUCCUCUCCAGCCGCGAUGCCGAACGUGCAGCUGCCGCCAAAGGAGAGCAACCUCUUCAAACGCAUCUUGAAAUGUUACGAACAGAAGCAAUACAAAAAUGGCCUCAAGUUUUGCAAGUUGAUUCUUUCAAAUCCAAAAUUUGCUGAACAUGGAGAGACUUUGGCUAUGAAAGGAUUAACAUUGAACUGUUUAGGAAAAAAAGAAGAGGCGUAUGAAUUUGUUCGUAAAGGACUUCGUAAUGAUGUCAAGAGUCAUGUCUGUUGGCAUGUAUAUGGACUCUUGCAGCGUUCUGAUAAGAAGUAUGAUGAAGCUAUUAAGUGUUACCGAAAUGCCCUCAAAUUAGAUAAAGAUAAUCUGCAAAUUUUGAGGGAUCUCUCUCUGUUACAGAUCCAAAUGAGAGACCUUGAAGGUUAUCGAGAGACGAGAUAUCAGCUUCUUCAGUUGCGCCCAACACAACGUGCAUCCUGGAUUGGAUAUGCUAUUGCAUACCACUUACUGAAAGAUUAUGAUAUGGCACUAAAACUAUUGGAAGAAUUUAGACAAACUCAGCAAGUUCCUCCCAACAAAAUAGACUAUGAAUAUAGUGAACUGAUACUGUACCAGAAUCAAGUGAUGAGGGAGGCAGAUCUAUUUCAGGAAUCUUUGGAACAUAUAGAAACAUAUGAGAAACAGAUAUGUGAUAAACUUUUGGUGGAAGAAAUUAAAGGGGAAAUGCUGUUGAAAUUGGGACGAUUAAAAGAAGCGAGCGAAGUAUUCAAAAACUUGAUUGAUCGGAAUGCAGAAAAUUGGUGUUACUAUGAAGGCUUGGAAAAAGCUCUACAACUUAGCACUUUAGAAGAGAGGCUUCAAAUUUAUGAAGAAAUUAGUAAGCAGCACCCCAGAGCAAUGUCACCUAGAAGAUUACCUUUGAAUCUUGUCCCAGGUGAAAAAUUUAGAGAACUAAUGGAUAAGUUCCUGAGGGUUAACUUCAGUAAAGGCUGCCCACCCUUGUUUACUACUUUGAAAUCUUUAUAUUACAAUACAGAAAAGAUUUCUAUAAUCCAGGAGCUUGUUACUAAUUAUGAAGCCUCUCUGAAAACGUGUGACUUUUUUAGCCCUUAUGAGAAUGGGGAGACAGAACCUCCAACGACACUACUCUGGGUUCAGUAUUUCCUGGCACAGCACUUUGAUAAACUUGGGCAGUAUUCUUUGGCUUUGGAUUAUAUUAAUUCUGCAAUUGCUAGUACUCCAACUCUAAUAGAAUUAUUCUAUAUGAAAGCAAAAAUUUACAAGCAUAUAGGUAAUCUCAGAGAAGCUGCCAAGUGGAUGGAUGAAGCUCAGUCUUUAGACACAGCCGAUAGAUUCAUCAACUCCAAAUGUGCAAAAUAUAUGCUUCGAGCAAAUAUGGUAAAAGAAGCAGAGGAAAUGUGCUCCAAGUUCACAAGGGAAGGAACAUCUGCCAUGGAAAAUCUAAAUGAAAUGCAAUGUAUGUGGUUUCAAACAGAAUGCAUUUCAGCUUAUCAGCGUUUGGGAAGAUAUGGGGAUGCUUUGAAAAAAUGCCAUGAAGUUGAAAGGCAUUUUUUUGAGAUAACCGACGAUCAAUUUGACUUCCAUACUUAUUGCAUGAGAAAGAUGACCCUUCGUGCCUACGUUGACCUUUUGAGAUUAGAAGAUAUACUCAGGAGACAUGCCUUCUAUUUCAAGGCUGCUAGAUCAGCUAUUGAAAUAUAUUUGAAAUUGUAUGAUAAUCCCUUGACCAAUGAAAGCAAACAACAAGAAAUAAAUUCAGAAAACCUGUCAGCCAAAGAAUUGAAGAAAGUGCUUAGCAAGCAGAGAAGAGCUCAAAAAAAGGCAAAAUUAGAAGAAGAGAAAAAGCAUGUGGAAAGGGAACGUCAACAAAAAAAUCAGAAGAAGAAACGGGAUGAAGAAGAAGAAGAAACCGGUGGUCUCAAAGAAGAACUUAUACCCGAAAAAUUGGAAAGGAUAGAAAAUCCAUUAGAAGAAGCUAUCAAGUUUCUUAUACCUCUUAAGAACCUUGUCGCUGAUAACAUUGACACUCAUCUAUUAGCAUUUGAAAUAUAUUUUAGAAAAGGAAAGUUUCUGUUAAUGCUGCAGUCUGUCAAACGAGCUUUUGCCAUCAACAGGAAUAACCCAUGGUUACAUGAAUGUUUAAUUAAAUUUUCUAAAUCUGUGUCUAAUCAUAGUAAUCUUCCAGACGUUGUGAGCAAAGUUCUGUCUCAAGAAAUGCAGAAAAUAUUUGUUAACAAGGAUUUGGAAAGUUUUAAUGAGGAUUUUCUUAAACAUAAUGCUAUCUCUCUUCAGCAUCUACUUUCAGGUGCUAAAAUGAUGUAUUUUCUGGACAAGUCAAGGCAAGAGAAAGCAAUUGCUAUUGCCACUAGACUGGAUGAAACCAUAAAAGAUAAAAGUGUAAAGACUUUAAUAAAGGUUUCUGAGGCACUGCUUGAUGGCAGCUUUGGGAACUGUAAUUCUCAGUAUGAAGAAUACAGGAUGGCCUGUCAUAACCUGCUGCCUUUUACUUCUGCUUUCCUGCCUGCUGGGAGCGAAGUCGGCGGUCAUAGCGCAGCUCUAAACCACUCAGCUAACUGUGAUGUCUUGGCAAGUGAAAUUUGAAAUCCCAUAGAAAGUUGACUUCUGUAAGACUCAAAGUUGAAUUCAGAUCAGGGUUUCUUUUCCAG